GAGAGGAGAGGAGAGACACGUCGCCACUCGCUGGAGCUGAUGGAUUACAGUUGCACGCCGCUAGGUACUCCUCGUUGAGGGAUUUUGCUAGAAAUUUCCAAGAAGUGGCGGCAGAUCUCUGGACUGUUGACGGUUGGUGUUACGGUUGACGGUUGGUGUUCUUGGAGUUUAGCGGGACUGGAUGCGAGACGUUUCUGACCAGCGUCCAGCCUGGAAGGGAGACGCACAUUGGCAUCAACAACAAAAGUCAAACGUGGUCUGGCUGGAUGAGGCAGUAUGGACCAUAAGCACGGCGUCCAAGUCGGAGAGAACAAGUUCAUCAGCAAGAGCACCAUUCUAUCCCAUCUGAAGACGUAUAACCUCUACUAUGAAGGGAAGACACUGCAGCUCCGACACAGAGAGGAGGAGGGUGAGUUGGUUAUAGAAGGUCUCCUCAACAUUUCCUGGGGCCUGAAGCGACCAAUCAGAUUGCAGAUGCAGGACGACCACGAGCGAAUCAGACCUCCCCCCUCGUCAACAUCAUGGCACUCAGGAUGCAACCUGGACACACAGGGGCAAGAGGGAAACAAACAGACCCCGCCCCCCAUCGAGGUGACGCCUCCUCCUGACCAAUCAGAGAGCAUGAUGAUGAUGAUGAAGGAGGACGAGGUGGAUGAGGGCUAUGACGCGUCUGUUCAGCUCCUCCGCACGAAGAGUGACGCAGGUGUUCUGAGGCGGGCCAAUAGACGGUCUCCUAGCGACCAGCGACGAAUCAGACGUCAGCGCUUCUCUAUCAAUGGCCACUUCUACAACCACAAGACGGCGGUCUUCACCCCUGCGUACGGCUCGGUGACUAAUGUGCGCAUCAACAGCUGCAUGACGACUCCGCAGGUGCUGAGAGUUCUAUUCAACAAGUUCAAGAUCGAGAACACGCCCGACGACUUCGCACUAUACCUAGUACACACCAGUGGAGAGCGUGUGCAGUUGAAGCGUAGUGACUACCCCCUGAUCGUGCGCGUGCUGCAGGGGCCGUGUGAACAGGUGUGUCGCAUCUUCCUGAUGGAGAAAGAUCUGGGAGAGGAGGUCACCUACGAUGUGGCGCAAUACAUUAAGUUUGAGAUGCCCGUUCUGCAGAGCUUCAUCACCAAACUCACAGAGGAAGAGGACCGAGAGGUGCAGAAGUUGAAGACCAGGUAUUCCUCUCUGCGCUGUAUCAUGGAGAAACAGCUUCAGUGUCUACCAGACGGCACCUGUAUGUGAACGACCACAGCCACACUCCUCCCCUCAUCUCUUCAUUUCUCUCUCCAUCUCUCUCUCCAUCUCUCUCUAGGUCUCUUGCUCUUUCUCUCUCUCCAUCUCUCUCUCCAUCUCUCGCUCUUUCUCUCUCUCCAUCUCUCUCUAGGUCUAUUGCUCUUUCUCUCUCUCCAUCUCUCUCUAGGUCUAUUGCUCUGUCUCUCUCUCCAUCUCUCUCUAGGUCUAUUGCUCUUUCUCUCUCUCCAUCUCUCUCUAGGUCUCUCGCUCUUUCUCUCUCUCCAUCUCUCUCUCUUUCACUGCCCCCUAUAUGUGAACCCCUUCAGCGAUACUCAUCCUUCAUCACUUCAUC